GCGCUAGUUAACCGUAUAUCAGUCUAGCACAUUGCACAUGUAGAAAUGUACACGAACACAUGUCAGGAAAUUUACGUCUGCUCUGCCUAAAGUUUCACCAUUUGGGGCUUUUCUACACUUUUUUUUAUGACAAAAGCGUAAGUGGAAACCAAAGAGGGAGUAAGAAAUCAUGGAGGAAGAGCCUGAAGACCUGUCAUCACUGCACUACCAAAUUCUCUUUCCCCCUCGCGAACCGAGUCACCAGCAGAGGGAGUAUGAGUUGGAACAGCACCUGGCCCUCAUGGACGAACCUGCCCGGGCUCCGGCACAAAAAGCAAUGGACAUGGGAGACCUCGGAAACCUGACUAUUGAGCAUCUUACAAGUUACGACAAAGAGGAGACACAGGAAAGAUUCUUAUUUAUGGAAGAUGAGGAGAAAUGUCAAGACGACGUGCUAGAUAUUGGCAUUGAAGCCAAUGACCUAGGCAGCCUACUACAGCAGUUUGAGCAGACAGAAGCUGCAGCCAUGACAGACUCCAUGGAGCAUAGGGAGAUUCCCAAAAGCAGGUUGAAGUCAAGCAAACAUCAAGAUGCCAAGAAUCUUGCCAAGAAGAUCACCCCAGUCAAGAGGAAGUCUACAAUCCUCCUGGAGCCCCUAGCAAUGCCUACCAAACGUCUCCGAGCUAAGGAGACCAACUUGCUGAUCGCAGAACGUGAGUGCGUCAGUCUACCAGGCAGCCGAAUCUCAAGUCCAGUCACAAUCCAGCACCAAGGGUUAUCGGAGAUCUGUAGUGCAGAUCAAGGCUUUGAUUAUCUUGUCAUGGACCAUGAUUACUGUAGCCCGAGUGGACAGAACGUGAACCGAAUCAAUUCAGCAUCAUCUAGCCCCCUCAACGACUCCAAUCGCCUCUCAGUUGAAGAGAGGAAAGCUGUUUACAAACAGAAGUAUAAGAUCAGAAAGAAGGGUAAAAAGCUGAGCGGCGCAUCCGGAGGGAAACACUCUGAAAGUGCCAAGGAGGGAGUUCUAGAUCCGGUAAAUUUGAUCGAUAAGCUACCUGAUUACAUCCGCCCAAUGCCUGAGGUAGCUGUGCCUGUCAAGACUAGCCAAACGGGAAAACAGACUGAAAACAAGAGCACCGAAAGAGCAGCUGAUGAUCCCACGGAAGAGGAAAGCGUACAAGACAAAGAUAGCAAGCCAUCAUUCUUUGACAAGAUCCCUGAUUAUUUCCUUGGGAAGCACAUGUACCAAGAAAUCAGUAAGGUGGAAGAGGAGGAAGCUCGAAAGAAGGAAGAAGAAGAAAUGACAAAGUUGAAAGAGAAGGAGGAGUUGGAGAAAUUACAGCAAAUCAAGGACACAUCCAAGGAUCACAGUCAUCGAUAUAGAUCAAGACAUCGCCAGCGAGAUAGAGGGAGGCAUCAUAGAAAGACCAAAAGUAGCAUCUGUGACGAAGAACAAGAUCUGAACAGAGACAAGAAUGUGACAACAGAAACUCUUGAAUCAGAUACAGGAAAUACCGGUGUAAUUAAUGAUGACAAACAUUGUAAUGAAUAUGCACAGAGCACUGCCACCGAGUUUGAAGGAAUAUCAAAUGGUCACUCCCAUUGUGAGAACAGAAAAACCAGUGGCUCAGACCGGUAUUCUCGUUGUCGCUCACUUUCCUCCCUGUCUUCUCGUUCAAGGUCAAGUUCUAGGUCUUUAUCCAGAGAUCGUUCCUGUUCAACAUCGUCGUCAUGUUCAUCUUACCCAAGGAGGAGAUGUCGAAGAGAUUCAAGAAUGUCUUACACUUCUCUGUCAUCGACCUCGCAAUCACGCUCACGAUCUCGCUCACGUUCGCGUUCCGUAAUACGGCGUCGUCGGCGAAGAUAUUCAACCUACUCUUCAUCUUCAUCCUCAAGGUCCCGUUCUAGGUCACACUCAAGAUCCAGACAUUGGCGACCCAGGUCACACUCGAGGUCACACUCAAGGUCACACUCAAGGUCAUCCUCUAGUUCAAGAAGGAGAUCAAGAUCAGGGUCAUGUUAUUCUCGAUCACGCUCCCGUGAGUCAGACAGGCGACGGAGAGACAGUCACCGACGUAGGCACAGCCGAUCACGAAGCAGAAGAAGAAUGCGAAGUGUCAGCGUGGAACGCAUCCAACAGGAGAGGAGGGAGGAGAGAUUAAAGGAACAGCAAGAUCAGUGGUCCGAUCGUCGAGUUGUUUACAUCGGACGCAUUCCAUAUGGGACCACACGCAACACCCUCCGGAAAAGAUUUGAGAAGUUUGGGGAAAUAGAACGGAUAACGCUACAUUUCAGAGAUGUUGGGGAUAACUAUGCUUUUGUGACUUUCAUGUACAAGUGUGAUGCCUACGCAGCUGUUGAAGGGGCAAAUAAAGAUUACAAUGAACCAGAAUAUGAUAUCUGCUUCGGUGGUCGUCGACAUUUCUGCAGAACAAAUUAUGAAGACCUUGAUUCAAUGGGGCAAGAAGAGCUAGCACUGGACAUUGGUUACGAGCAAGAACCAGCUUCCAUCCAAGGCGAAAAUAAAAUGGAAACCGAUUUUGAUCGCCUACUGCGGGAAGCCAUGAAGAAAAGUAAGAGGUGACCGUUAGCGUGGAGGUGUGGCAUGAGGUUGGCAAGGGGUGUGGUAAGAUGGGCUUGGCAGUGGGGUACGGCAAGGGG